GGGGUGUGAUUUCUCUCUUUUUGUCUGACAUUUUAAAGCUGAUAUCCGCUCGUUUCUGCUGAGGAUUGUGGGUCUGCGCGCCGAGAUCUCACGGGGGAAAAGUGGGGAAAAAAACAAAAAAAUAGCUCGUGCAUUUCUUAACUUUUACUAACUGUAACAUUAUUUGCUUUAUAUUGCACCGCUUUACUGUUUUCUCUUGUAAAUCUCGCCAACAAUCAGGUUAUUUUCGCGUUUUAUCCGGUCUCGACGGCUAGCUAACUGAACGCAGCUACAGGACUGAGAAGCCGCAAAUUUAACGGCUGUUAUCGAGGAAAAAAAACUCCCCGUUUUUCCAGAGUUUGUUUUUAGUUGGUGAAUUUGGUGGAGAGCGGCCAUGAGCACCGAGCAGCUGAGCUACGAGCUCCUGGCGGAGGUCGGGGAAGGUUCGUUCGGAAGGGUUUACAAAGCCAGAGAGAUCGGGGGGAAACAGCGCCUCCUGGCGGUGAAGAAGUUGAACUUUCGCUUGGACUCGGCCGGAGCUGGAAUCCCUCCCUUCAUGAUCCGGGAGGUGGCGCUGUUGAAAAAGAUGGGCUACUUCAGUCAUCCCAACAUUGUCAAGGGCACGGCAAAGCAUUCAAAGGAAACGGUGUAUAACAACACCAAGAUGGAGACACAUCAAACAAAAAAGUGGCUCUUGGACGCCUCUGCUGUCCCGCUGGACUCCACCCUGGACCUCACUCUUGUUCUGGAGUACAUCGAUCAGGAUCUGUCCACCUAUCUGUCGAAGGUUCCCGCUCCGGGUUUGAGCCGCGGCUCCGUAAAGGACGUGAUGCAGCAGCUGCUGCGAGGGCUGGACUUCCUGCACACAAACCUCGUUUUGCACCGGGAUUUGAAACCAGAGAACAUCCUGGUCAGCAGCCGUGGAGAAAUCAAGAUCGCCGACUUCGGCCUGGCGAGGAUCCACACCUUUAAUAUCGCUCUCACUCCGGGGGUGGUGACGCUGUGGUACCGAGCUCCUGAGGUGCUGCUCAACUCGGUUUACAUGUCCUCUGUGGACAUGUGGAGCGCCGGCUGCAUCUUUGCUGAGCUCUUCCUGCUCAGGCCGUUGUUUAAGGGCUUCACGGAGGUGCAGCAGCUGCAGAAAAUAUUCGAGGUGAUCGGUUUGCCCAGCGAGGAGGAGUGGCCUCAGGACAGCCCCAUCUCGUACUCUGAGAGCUGGGGGUCUCCGGGCUCCUGCGUCCAGCUGCUGCCCAACCUGGACCAGGACGAGAACGACCUGCUUUCUAAAUGUUUGGUAUUCAACCCGGGUCGUCGCAUCUCCGCCGCCAAAGCGCUGGCUCAUCACUUCUUUGUGAAGCACUGAGGCGACAGAAGGAAGAGGAGGAGGAGGAGGACGCCCUGUCGGCCGACGCAGCGCCGUCAAACCCCAGCAUCCGUUUCCUUCUCACAGGCGUUAAUCAGCUGUGAGAACGUCAGCAUCAUGAGACACCUCGGUCAGGUCUAACGGAGGGGUUCAGCUCGACUUGUGGAAGAAUUAAGCAUUUAUUUUGAAAAACUGAAACUUGCUGCUUCCUCUCUCAGGUUCAGUUCUUCAGAACAGGAAGUUGUUGUUCGUCCAGUUAUGGAUUUGUGUUGCUGCUGAUUGUAGAUCCGUCUUGUUGUUGAGUUGAUUUUGGAAAAGGAGUUUUAAGAAGUAUGAAAAUGACGAGCAUGUUUAACUGGAUACGCUCAGGUUUAUUUGUGUAUUUUAUUUCAGAGAGGGUAUUUAUGGGGUAAAAAGCACAGAUUACCCCUGUAUUUAAUUUUUGUAUCGACAUAUUGUGAAAAUAUUUUUCUACAAGUUCAACUGUUUGCAAAAAAAAAAAAAAAUCAUUUCUAUAAA